AUGCCCCUCAACCCAGACGACAAGCUCCUCGUGCACCUGCCCUCCCCGGCGCCCGCGGGCUGGCUCGAGGCCAUGGCGCGGCGCUUCCCCGGCCUGGCGGUGCGGUGGGAGGUGGCGGGCAUCGACGCCGCCGCGUCGGACCUGGAGAGCGCCGACUCGCUGCCGCGCGAGGCGCUCGACGGCGUCACGCUGCUGUGCGUGUACCCGCCGCCCAGCCCGGCCGUCAUGGAGCGCGUGCGCGUGGUCCAGCUUGCGUCGGCUGGGUCGGAUCGCUGGCUUGGGCACGAGAAGUACCGCGAUCCCGGGGUGGUGUUUUGUUCGAGCAGUGGGCGAGCGGGCAGAGUCCAGAUCGCAGAGUGGGUGAUGGGCGCCUGGCUCUCCCACCAACACCACUUUCGAGUCUACGAUGAGCAGCAGCGCCAGGCAACAUGGAACGCCAGGGUCGCCGACAAGCCCGUAGCCGACUCGCUAGGCCGCCGCGUGGGCAUCGUGGGCUACGGCGCCAUCGGCCGCCAGUGCGCGCGCCUCGCCCACGCCCUCGGCAUGCACGUCUACGCUUACACGCGCACCGAGCGGCCCGACGCGCCCUCGCGCCGCCACAACGGUUACUACAACGUCCCCGGCACCGGCGACCCGGACGGCCGCAUCCCCGAGCGCUGGUUCCACGGCGACGCCGGCUUCGACGACCUGCUCGCCCAGGGGCUCGACUUGCUCAUCCUCGCACUGCCCCUGACCGAGUCCACCAGGGGCCUCAUUGGACGCCCGCAGUUCCGCCUCAUGGACUCGGCAAGCGCCGGCCGUAUGAGGAAGACGUUUCUGUGCAACGUUGCUCGCGGGCCCAUUGUCGAUACGCCUGCCCUCGUCGAGGCCCUCGAGCAGGGUCGCAUCAGCGGUGCCGCCCUCGACGUCACGGACCCCGAGCCGCUGCCGGCCGAGCAUCCGCUCUGGAAGGCGCCCAAUGUUUUCAUCACGCCUCAUGUCUCGUGGCAGUCCGACGUCAUGGUCGAGCGCAUCGCCGGCCUCAUCAUGGAGAACUUGGAGAGGCUGGACAAGGGGGAGCCUCUGCUCAAUCUAAUCAAGAAAUAG